GGAACGGGAUCGGUAACGGGAUUGAUAACAGGAUCGGUAAUGGGAUCGAUAAUGGGAUCAAUGAGGGGAUCAAUGACGGGAUCGGGGACGGGAUCAAUGAGAUUGAUAAUGGAAUCAAUAACAGGAUCGGUGACGGGAUCAAUGAUGGGAUUGGCAAUGGGAUCAAUGGCAUCAAUGAUGGGAUCAAUAAUGGGAUCAGUGAUGAGAUCAGUGACGGGAUCAGUGAUGGGAUCAAUGAUGGGAUCAAUGGGAGCAGAAACCAGAUCAGGGACUGGAUCAAUAACAGAAUCAAUAAUGGGAUCCGUGGGAUCCAGGCAGUGGAUCCCAGUGGAUCCCUGGGAUCCCCGUCCCGCCGUCAGUCCUGGAGGAUCCCAGUGGAUCCCAGCAAAUCCCUGGGAUCCCCAUUCUCACUCUCAGUCCCAGCAGAUUCCCGUUUAUUCCGGGUGGAUCCCAGCGGUUCCCUGGGAUCCCCAUCCCGUCAUCAGUCCCGGUGGAUCCUGGUGGAUCCCCGUUGUCGCUGUCAGCCCCAGUGGAUUCCCGCUGGUUCCAGGAGUUCUCAGUGGAUCCCUGGGAUCCCCGUUCUUGCUCUCAGUCCCAGCAGAUCCCCACUGAUCCUGGGAGUUCCCAGCGGAUCCCUGGGAUCCCCAUCCCGCUGUCAGUCCUGGUGGAACCCAGAGAAUCCCUGGGAUCCCCAUUCUUGCUCUCAGUCCCAGCAGAUUCCCGCUGAUUCCAGGAGUUCCCAGUGGAUCCCCGGGAUCCCUGCCCCGCUGUCAGUCCCAGCAGAUUCCUGGUUAUUCCAGGUGGAUCCCAGCGGAUCCCUGGGAUCCCCACUCUUGCUCAGUCCCAGCAGAUUCCUGGUUAUUCCAGGUGGAUCCCAGUGGAUCCCUGGGAUCCCCGUUCUUGCUCAGUCCCAGCAGAUUCCUGGUUAUUCCAGGUGGAUCCCGGUGGAUCCCUGGGAUCCCCGUUCUUGCUCUCAGUCCCAGCAGAUUCCUGGUUAUUCCAGGUGGAUCCCAGUGGAUCCCUGGGAUCCCCAUUCUUGCUCUCAGUCCCAGCAGAUUCCCGCUGAUUCCAGGAGUUCCCAGUGGAUCCCCGGGAUCCCUGCCCCGCUGUCAGUCCCAGCAGAUUCCUGGUUAUUCCAGGUGGAUCCCAGCGGAUCCCUGGGAUCCCCACUCUUGCUCAGUCCCAGCAGAUUCCUGGUUAUUCCAGGUGGAUCCCAGUGGAUCCCUGGGAUCCCCGUUCUUGCUCAGUCCCAGCAGAUUCCUGGUUAUUCCAGGUGGAUCCCAGUGGAUCACUGGGAUCCCCACUCUUGCUCUCAGUCCCAGCAGAUUCCCGUUGAUCCUGGGGGGGGUCCCAGUGGAUCCCCGUGAUCCCCGCCCCGCCGUCAGUCCCGGUGGAUCCCGGCGGAUCCCGGCGGAUCCC